AUGGCAAAUUCUGAAAGAGCUGAAGAAAUGCAAGAAUAUUUUCAGAGAAAUGGAACACGACAGGAACAACUGCCUGAAGUAGAAAAGCAAACUAUUGGCUCUAUUGAAAUAAUCCGUUUUGUUGAUGGACUGGAUAUCACACUCAUGGUCCUGGGAAUACUGGCAUCACUGGUGAAUGGAGCCUGUCUUCCUUUAAUGUCAGUGGUUUUAGGAGGAAUGAGUGAUAACCUUAUUAGUGGAUGUCUUGUUCAAACCAACACAACAAAUAAUCGGAAUUGUACUCAGUCUCAAGAGAAGCUGAAUGAAGAUAUGACUGUGUUGAUGCUUUUGUUUGAGGGACUCAAUAAUUUCUUUUUUUUCUUUUUAUUUUCUUUUCUUUUUUUUUUUUUUAUAACUGCAGCACAACAAACUGAGAGAAUUCGAAAGCAGUUUUUCCAUUCAGUGUUGGCGCAGGACAUCACCUGGUAUGAUGGCUGUGAUAUCGGCGAACUUGACACUCACAUGACGGAGGACAUCAACAAAAUCAGCAAUGGUACUGGAGACAAGUCUGCUCUGUUGUUCCAGAACGUGUCUACUUUUUCCAUUGGCCUGGCAGUUGGUUUAGUGAAAGCCUGGACACUCACCCUGGUGAGUUUGUCCACAUCUCUUCUGAUAAUGGCUUCUGCAGCAGCGUGUUCCAGGAUGGUCAUCUCACUAACCAGUAAGGAAUUAAGUGCCUAUUCCAAAGCUGGGGCUGUUGCGGAAGGAGUUUUGUCAUCGAUCCGAACAGUCGUAGCCUUUGGGGCCCAGGAGAAAGAACUUCAAAGGUAUACACAGAAUCUCAAAGAUGCCAAGGAUGUUGGCAUCAAAAAGGCUAUAGCUUCAAAACUGUCUUUUGGCACUGUGUACUUCUUUAUGAAUGGAACCUAUGGACUUGCUUUUUGGUAUGGAACUUCCUUGAUCCUUGGUGGAGAACCUGGUUAUACCAUUGGGACUGUUCUCGCUGUUUUCUUUAGUGUCAUCCAUAGUAGUUAUUGCAUUGGAGCAGCAGUCCCUCACUUUGAAACCUUCACUGUAGCCCAAGGAGCUGCCUUUAAUAUUUUCCAGGUUAUUGAUAAGAAACCCAUUAUAGAUAACUUUUCAACAACUGGAUAUAAACCUGAACGCAUAAAAGAAACUGUGGAAUUUAAAAAUAUUUAUUUCAGUUAUCCAUACAGACCAUCUAUCAAGAUUCUAAAAGAUCUGAACCUCAAAAUUAAGUCUGGAGAGACAGUCGCCUUGGUUGGCCCCAAUGGCAGUGAGAAAAGUACUGCCAUCCAGCUCCUGCAGAGGUUAUAUGAUCCUGACAACGGCUUGAUAAGUGCAAUCAUGGUGGAUGGGAAUGAUAUCAGAGCCUUAAAUGUGCAGCAUUAUUGAGAACAUAUCGGAGUGGUCAGCCAAGAGCUUGUCUUGUUCAGGACUACCAUCAGUAACAACAUUAAGUAUGGAUGAGAUGGUGUGACUGACGAAGAGACUGAAAAAGCAGCAAAGGAAGCAAAUGCUUAUGAUUUUAUCAUGGAGUUUCCUAACAAAUUUAAUACAUUGGUGGGAAAAGGAGCUCAAAUGAGUGAAGGACAAAAACAGAGGAUUGCGAUUGCACAAGCUUUAGUUCGAAACCCCAAAAUUCUGAUCUUAGAUGAGGAUACAUCUGCCCUAGACACAGAAAGCGAAUCAGUUGUUCAAGCUGCGCUGGAGAAGGCAAGCAAAGGCCGGACUACAAUUGUGGUAGCACACCGACUUUUCACUAUUUGAAAUGCAGAACUGAUUGUGACCAUAAAAUAUGGAAUGGUGGUGGAGAAAGGAGCACAUGCUGAACUCAUGGCAAGCCAAGGUCUAUAUUAUUCACUUGCAAUGUCAAAGAUAUUAAUAAAAGCUGAUGAGCAGGUCGAAUCAAUGAUGUACUCUACUAAAAGAAAUACCAACUUCGUUCCUCUGUGCUCUACAAAUAGCAUCAAGUCAGACAUUACUGGUAAGUCUGAGGAGUCCAUCCAGUCUAAAGAGACAAGACUUCCUGAAAUUUCUUCAAAACUUUUUAAGUUAAACAAACACGAAUGGUCUUUUGUGGUGGGGACAUUGGCUUCUGUUCUAAAUGGAACUGUUCAUCCAGUAUUUUCCAUCAUCUUUUCAAAAAUUGUAGCUAUGUUUGGAGAUAAUAAAACCACAUUAAAGCAAAAUGCAGUGUAUUCUAUGAUAUUUGUCAUUUUGGGUGUUAUUUGUUUUGUCAGUUAUUUCAUACAGGGAUUGUUUUAUGGCAAAGCUGGGGAAAUGUUAACCAUGGGAUUAAGACACUUGGCCUUUAAAGCCAUGCUACAUCAGGAUAUUGCCUGGUUUGAUGAGAAGGAAAACAGCAUGGGAGCCUUGACAACAAUACUAGCCACAGAUAUAGCACAAAUUCAAGGAGUAUCAACAGGUUCUAGGAUUGGUAUCUUUACACAAAAUGCAACUAACAUGAGACUUUCUGGGAUCAUCUCCUUUAUGUAUGAAUGAGAGAUGACUCUCCUGAUUCUGAGCAUUGCUCCGGUACUUGCUCUGACAGGAAUGAUUGAAACCGCAGCAGUGACUGGAUUUGUCAACAAGGAUCAGGAACUUCAGCGUGCUGGAAAGAUAGCAACUGAAGCUGUGGAGAAUAUACGUACUAUAGUGUCAUUAACAAGAGAAAAAGCCUUUGAGCGAAAGUAUGAAGAGACGCUUAAGACGCAACACAGAAAUACCUUGAAGAAAACACAGAUCACUGGAAGCUGUUAUGCAUUCAGCCAUGCCUUUGUAUAUUUUGCUUAUGCAGCAGGAUUUAAAUUUGGAGCCCAUUUAAUUCAAACUGGACGAAUGACCCCAGAGGGCAUGCUCAUGUAA